AUGUGUCCUUCAUAUAUUGUUCUGUUCCAGCUGCUGGAGGACAACAUGGUCACUUUUGUGAAGAACGAGCUGAAGAAGAUCCAGAAGGUUCUGAGUCCAGAUGACCCAGAAUGCUCAGAGAGUCCGAGAGAUGAUGAGGAGUUGGGAGGUGAGGAUGAAGAGCAGAGGAACAGCAGAGAGGCGAUGAUGAAGAUCACCGUGAUCUUCCUGAGGAGGAUGAAGCAGGAGGAGCUGGCUGACCGUCUGCAGAGCAAAGAUCUGGCUGCACCUUGUCAACAAGAACUUAAAUCUGGUCUGAAGAAGAAGUUCCAGUGUGUGUUUGAGGGGAUCGCUAAAGCAGGAAGUCCAACCCUUCUGAACCAGAUCUACACAGAGCUCUACAUCACAGAGGGAGGGACUGGAGAGGUCAAUGAUGAACAUGAGGUCAGACAGAUUGAAACAGCAUCCAGGAAACCACACAGACCAGAAACAACCAUCAGACAAGAAGACAUCUUUAAAGUCCCACCUGGAAGAGAUCAACCAAUCAGAACAGUGAUGACAAAGGGAGUGGCUGGCAUUGGGAAAACAGUCUUAACCCAGAAGUUCACUCUGGACUGGGCUGAAGACAAAGCCCACCAGAACAUCCAGUUUAUAUUUCCAUUCACCUUCAACACAACAGGAAGGUGACACGUGUGGAGGAACUUCAGUCAUAUCCUGAUCAUCCAGACAGAUUUGAUGUUCCUCAGCUUCUAUGUAGAACUGGUCUGACUGGUCGCUGUUACUGGGAGGUCGAGUGGAGAGGAGGAGUUUAUAUAUCAGUGAGUUACAGAAGAAUCAAGAGGAGAGGAGACAAGGAGGACUGUUGGUUUGGAAAGAAUGAUCAGUCCUGGAGGCUGAGCUGCUCUGAUGAUUAUGGUUACUAUAUCUGUCACAAUAAAAAAGAAACGUAUAUCUCCUCCUCUUCCUCCUCCUCCUCCUCCACCUC